CACACAUACGCCCACCACCCCACACAGGUACCUCGUAAGCCAGAUAGCUCCUCCCAAUGUUCCCCAAGGCAUUUGGCUUACUGAAAUUCCUACAUGUGCCACAGACAUGAGAAGUUCACGACACCACUAUGGCUCAUCUCCUCAGAGGAAAGCAGGCUGGAAUUCCCAAUGAUUUAUCCGCUGGCCUAGGUUCUGACCUCUUUGUUCUCGAUCAUAUCAGGAAUUAUGGAUUGAAUUCUCUUGUCAGCCAAAUCGCAUAUGAUCCCGUCCAGCAUCUCUUCGCCGUCGGUACCAACGAGAGUAAAUUCGGCGUCGGUCAGAUAUACGUAUUUGGGCAGAAGAGAGUUGAGGUCAUCUUCUCAUUGCAGCAUCGCAGCUCCGUGAAAAUACUCCAAUUUUGUGCGGAAAAGUUGAUUUGCUUGGAUAGCAGAAACGACUUCUCCGUCUUCUCGCUCGAGACAAAAUCGCUUUCGCGUGCGUUCAGUCCACCGGCGAAAAUCACCGCUAUACACAGCGACCCUACGCUCGACUAUGCGCUUCUGGGUACGCAGACCGGCGAGAUCCUGGCCUUCGACCUCGAUCGUGAAAACCUUGCGCCUUUGAAGAUUCCGAACUUCUGGCGCGAGCAGUAUCCACGAUCCCGCCUGACCUCUAUUGUAACCCUUGCGUUUCACCCUCGAGAUAUCGGCACACUGCUGAUCGGAUACAAUGCUGGAGUGGCUCUCUACUCUUUCAAACAAAACAAAGCAACCAAAUUUUUGAAUUAUGUGUUACCGAAAGGGGCCCCCGGAGGAGACUCGGAUCCUGCCUCCAUCUUCACAGAACGGAGCCCACCUUUGACGCAAGCUGUCUGGCACCCUACCGGAACUUUUAUCCUGACAGGGCAUGAAGAUAGCAGUCUCGUCAUCUGGGACCCGAAAGAUGGCAGAAUAGUACAAGCUAGGACUCUGCAGGACACGAACGUGGACAAGCCUGGCCCUGGAAGUUUCAGCCCUGGAGGUGGUGAUGGUACCUUUGCCAUCAAAUCUCCUAUCUUCAAGGUCGCUUGGUGUGCGAACCAAGACCCAGAUGACACCGGCAUUCUGAUUGCAGGAGGAGCACCGUCAAAUUUAGCUACAAAGUCGCUCACCUUCUUUGAACUUGGCCGUACCCCGGUUUACAACACUUCCUCCUGGCAGGUCCUCGCCAAUCACUUCGAAAACCCUAAACGCCAAAGAAUUUUGCCUUGUCCGCCGGGCACAGAAGUUAUAGAUCUUUGUCUGAUCCCACGUUCCUCCCCACACUUCGCUGGUGCACAUGAUCCUCUCGCUAUUGUCGCUCUACUCGCAUCAGGAGAACUCAUUACGCUUAGCUUUCCCAGCGGUAUGCCCAUAUGCCCAACAAACCAACUUCACCUAUCCUUGACCCUAGUCCAUCCGUUUGUCAACUACGUGAAUCUCGCUCCUGUCGAGCGAACAAGAUGGCUGGGAUUGACUGAGAAGCGCCAACACGGGCCGCUCUUUCUAACUGGUGGCGCCGAGGCAAAUUAUCCGUUGAAGAGAUUUGAACACCGGAACGUGGUACAAACCGCUCACGCAGAUGGAACGAUAAAGCUAUGGGAUGCUGGCCAUGCAGAUGAGAUUGAGAACGAUGCCGCCUUGCAAGUCGACGUGGGCCGAGCAGUAGGCCGUCCGGAAAGCGUUGAGGUCACUCGCACUUCAUUUGCCGGCGCUGCGCAAGAGUUAUCUGUUGGACUGAGGUCAGGCGAGCUGGUUGUGUUCCGCUGGGGCAUCAACAAACACCCAGGAGAAGAACUUCCAUCCGGGCCUAAUGAACAGCAAAGACUCACAAACAUAAUGGACCGCACCGAAGCCACGCUUAAGGAGGGCCUACUUCCUUUCACCCUGUUGGACCAGGGUCAUGGGCCAGUCACCGCCCUCAAACACUCUGAUGUUGGCUUUGUAGCCGCUGGAUUCGAAGGGGGAAGUCUGGCGAUCAUUGACCUCAGAGGUCCAGCCAUCAUCUACAACUCCUCUAUAUCCGACUUCAUCAAAUCCGACAAGCGUGGGAGCUUCCGUCGCAGUUCAAACACUCCCUCCACGAGACCUGAAUGGCCAACAACCCUCGAGUUCAGCGUCAUGUCGCUUGAACAUGAGGAAUAUUCGAGCAUUCUCCUCCAUGUCGGAACCAGUCUCGGCCACCUCGCAACUUUUAAACUUCUACCAGACUCGAGCGGGCGAUAUAGUGUACAAUUCGUGGGAGCGGUCACGCUCGAUGACCGUGUGCUCAACGUCUUCCCGAUGCAUGCGGAAACCGGUAAGCCAGCUUACGCAUCACAAUCGGCCCUCUCCAAUCUACGUAGUGGCCUGAAGACCAAUGGCGUACUGCUUGCUGUCACGGCGUCCGGCGCGAGAAUCUUCAAGCCUGCAACUAGUAAGGGUGCCCAUAAAACCUGGGACGAAUUCCUUUGCGAUUCGGCAGCCGUUGUCCGGUACGAGGAUCUCGGCUAUGCACUACUUGGUCUGUACGGAGAUGGCCGUGCAAGGGGCUACUCGAUACCUGCGCUUAAGGAGAUCGGAAGCGUGAAGGUCGACCAUCUUAUCGACGUGAAGAGAUUCAGUGAGGCGGUCAUCACGAGCACUGGAGACAUUCUAGGCUGGAAAGGCCCUGCCGAGCUAGCAUUGGUAAAUGUGUUCGGCACGGGCAUGAAGUGGAACCAAACCAAGGAUACGCUCAUGAAUCUCGAGCUACUUAUUCCUCCACGGCCUCUGAUAUCUAACAUGCAAUGGAUAUCCGGUACCCAAAUUGUCACGCCCGCAGAUAUGGAUCUUCUAAUCGGUGGACCUCAACGACCUCCCUCCCAGAGGAUGCUUUCACAGGCGCGCGCCGAUGAGGAGCAACGCCGCCGCGAUGCUCGAGCUGCAUCAACAUCAGCCUCGGGAUCUGCAGGCCGCCCGCCGCCCGACAACGAAGGCUGGGGUGCCUGGGCGUCUCGACAACUGAACGAGCGGACCGAGAAGCUCAACAUCGUCGGCGACAGCAUGGACAGCUUGAGUCAGAACUCGGCGUCGUGGGCAGAUGACGUGAACAAGUAUGUCAACAAACAGAAGCGAGGUAUGGUUAUGGGUGCUAUGAAGAGCAAGUUCGGGUUCUGAAGCGGCGGGGAAGCACGAUAAAGAGUUGAACGAAAAGGUUGAUCAACAUGAGUACCGGUUUAGGGAGGAAGUGAGAUUAUACCCGUGCAGAUAGCGUUAGACGCUUUCCAUGCCCCAGCAGUUCGUUCAGUAGUCUAGAAAAAUAAUUAGAGCAGU